AUGGCAUCUUCACGGCUUACAAUAGUAAACAAAUGUGUCGAGCGGUCGCAAUUACCUCGGCGGCAGGUGCGCAGGAGCGGCGCGGGAGCGGCGCGGGAGCGGCGCAGUGCGGCACAGCGGCGUCACGCGGCCGCCAGCAAAUCGCGCGCUCAUCACGCUCCCUCUACCUCCGAACUUAUGCUAAUGGUCCCGCACCGCGUAAAUUGGAGCUCGCUGCAAAACAAAAUGCGUCCGCCUCUUUAUCUUAUUGCUUCACCUCGUACUGGACCUAUGUACUUCAUCUUAAAAAUUCAACAUACAGAAAUAGAGUCUCUCCCAUUCACAGAGGGUUUAUUUUCAAGUAACUUUCAAUGCCGGGCUCCAGUAAACCCACAGACUGGAAGAGCGACUGAAAUUCGAAUACAAAAACUGGCGCGGGAACGAACGUGA